CCGACAGAGGGCAGAGUACGAGUGCGAAAGCAGAAGGCAGGAGUCGACAGACCAAAGGGUUAGGUCACCACUACAAAAUCUAUACAAAAUGUUUGCCAGGGCUGCCCUCACUGCUCGCAGUGGAGUUAUUUCACGACCACUAGCCAGAAGGAUGGCAUAUGCAGCAGAUCACACUCCACCAACCAUGGCAGACUUACCAGUUCCAAGUGGCUCUUGGUCUGAGGCUCAUUCUAAGAAACAGACUAAAAAUAACCUCCAUCUUCUGUUUGGAAUUAGUUUUGCUGCUGUCACCUUGGCGGUUGCAAAGAACUCAGGUUUGGUUGAGCUAGGUUUGGGCCCCAAGAUUGGCAAGUAAUCACGUAGCGAAUAUCCGAAUGGCCAGCAAAAUACAUCUUCUCUUGUAGUCUUGUUUAUCAAUAAGAUUACUUGGUGAGCAGUACUUGUCUGGCAAGUUUCCAAAAAUUUUAGUUAUGUGCUGUACCUCUGUAAAAGUUUUUUGUAAAUAAUUAAUGGCAAGUCAUGGUACUGUUAAUGCUAUGUAAUUUAUUUUCAUUCCAUGUUAAAAUUAAAACAGGGAGUUACAAA